AUACUGCGCUGGACGCCCCGCUGCAGUUCUCCCGGCUGCCCACCGGGUGUCGCCCCGCGCCUCCCCGGGCCCUCUCUCUCCUCCCUCCCUCUCUGGCUCCCCAGCUCUCUUGCUCGCUCGCUCUCUCGCUCGCUGGGGCCGGACACAGACUGCCUUCAGCUGCCGGCGGAUCGGGCUGGAGCCGCGGCGGCGGCUGCUGCGGAAGAGGGGGGGAGGGAGAAGGAAAACAACCGCCCAGAAGCCGGCAGACCCGUCGCGCGGCCCCCAGCCCAGCCCCCCGGAGUUCGGACCCUCUCAGGUCUGUGUCAGUGUCUGUGGGUCACCCAGCCCUGACCAAUCUCCUGAAGAAGAAAUCCAUGCCUUUUGAUGUCUGAUAACGAAGGGUUGGUGGUGGGAGAAAGGAAGGAGUUGGAGGAGAGCGAUCUAGGGAGAGGUAUGGGCACAGAAUGGAGCCAAUCACCAACACUCCACUCUGAGCACUGCAAAGGAGGGCCCUGAGGCCUCUCUUCUCCCUUUGGCAGAACUGUGGAUGAACAUCGAGAAGAAUCUGUGAACAGCAAAAGGCUUAGAUCACACCUUAAGCCUGGGAAAAGAUGGCUGGCGGGAAAACUGAACAGAUAUAAGAGAGCCGGUGGCAGCAACAGAGUUAUGUCAUGCCCAGACCAGUGGAGGGCUCCAUGAGGAUUCAUAGAAGAUGCCCCGGGUCUUGGCGCCUCUGGUGCUCCUUCUGGUAUGGCUCAUGACAGUCGCCAGCAGCCCUCAUGCUCUGAGGAUUGCUGCAAUCCUGGACGACCCGAUGGAGUGCAAUCGAGGGGAGAGGUUGUCCAUCACGCUGGCCAAGAACCGGAUCAAUCGGGCUCCUGAGAGGGUAGGGAAGGCCAAGGUGGAGGUGGACAUCUUCGAGCUGCUGAGAGAUAGCGAGUACGAGACAGCGGAAACCAUGUGCCAGAUACUCCCAAAGGGAGUAGUAGCCGUCUUGGGACCUUCUUCUAGCCCUGCCUCCAGCUCCAUCAUCAGCAACAUCUGUGGGGAGAAGGAGGUGCCCCAUUUCAAAGUGGCCCCUGAAGAAUUUGUGAAGUUGCAGUCCCAGAGAUUCACCACCCUGAACCUCCACCCCAGCAACACGGACAUCAGUGUGGCAGUCGCUGGGAUCCUGAGGUUUUUCAACUGCACCACAGCCUGCCUCAUCUGCGCCAAAGCAGAAUGCCUUUUAAACCUGGAGAAGCUGCUCAGACAAUUCCUUAUCUCCAAGGACACGCUCUCCGUCAGGAUGCUGGAUGACAGCCGGGAUCCUACCCCACUCCUCAAGGAGAUCCGGGAUGACAAGACAGCCACCAUCAUCAUCCAUGCCAAUGCCUCCAUGUCCCACACCAUCCUCCUGAAGGCAGCUGAACUGGGGAUGGUAUCAGCCUAUUACACAUAUAUCUUCACUAAUCUGGAGUUCUCUCUCCAGAGAAUGGACAGCCUUCUGGAUGACCGAGUCAACAUCCUGGGAUUUUCUAUUUUCAACCAAUCCCAUGCUUUCUUCCAAGAGUUUGUACAGAGUCUCAACCAGUCAUGGCAGGAGAAUUGUGACCACGUGCCCUUCACUGGGCCUGCACUCUCCUCAGCCCUGCUAUUUGAUGCUGUCUACACUGUUGUGACUGCAGUGCAAGAGCUGAACCGAAGUCAGGAGAUUGGUGUGAAGCCUCUAUCUUGUGGCUCAGCACAGAUCUGGCAGCAUGGUACCAGCCUCAUGAACUACCUGAGAAUGGUAGAAUUGGAAGGUCUCACCGGCCACAUUGAAUUCAACAGCAAAGGACAGAGGUCCAACUAUGCCCUGAAAAUAUUGCAGUUCACAAAGAAUGGCUUCCGGCAGAUUGGUCAGUGGCAUGUGUCCGAGGGUCUCAGCAUGGACAACCGUCUCUCCUCUUCCAACAUCUCCGACAGCCUCUUCAACACCACCCUGGUCGUCACCACCAUCCUGGAGAACCCGUACUUAAUGCUGAAGGGGAACCACCAAGAGAUGGAAGGCAAUGACCGCUACGAAGGCUUCUGCGUGGACAUGCUUAAGGAACUCUCGGAGAUUCUACGCUUCAACUAUAAGAUUCGCCUGGUUGGGGAUGGAGUAUAUGGUGUGCCUGAGGCCAACGGCACUUGGACAGGAAUGGUCGGGGAGCUGAUUGCUCGGAAAGCAGAUCUGGCUGUUGCUGGACUCACUAUAACAGCUGAAAGAGAGAAGGUGAUCGAUUUCUCCAAGCCGUUCAUGACUCUGGGAAUUAGUAUUCUUUACAGGGUUCAUAUGGGUCGAAAACCUGGUUAUUUCUCCUUCCUGGACCCCUUUUCUCCUGGAGUCUGGCUCUUCAUGCUUCUUGCCUAUCUGGCUGUCAGCUGUGUGCUCUUCCUAGUGGCUCGGCUAACGCCCUAUGAAUGGUAUAGCCCUCAUCCUUGUGCCCAGGGCCGGUGUAACCUUCUGGUGAAUCAGUACUCCCUAGGAAACAGCUUAUGGUUUCCCGUUGGGGGCUUCAUGCAGCAAGGCUCUACAAUUGCGCCACGCGCCUUAUCCACCCGAUGUGUCAGCGGAGUCUGGUGGGCUUUCACUCUGAUCAUCAUCUCAUCUUACACGGCCAACCUGGCAGCAUUCCUGACCGUACAACGGAUGGAUGUGCCCAUCGAGUCUGUGGAUGACUUGGCUGACCAGACAGCCAUUGAGUAUGGCACAAUUCAUGGAGGAUCCAGCAUGACCUUUUUCCAAAAUUCCCGCUACCAAACAUAUCAGCGGAUGUGGAAUUACAUGUAUUCUAAGCAGCCUAGUGUGUUUGUAAAAAGCACGGAAGAAGGGAUUGCCCGGGUGCUGAAUUCCAACUAUGCCUUCUUGCUGGAGUCCACCAUGAAUGAAUACUACCGCCAGCGAAACUGCAAUCUCACUCAGAUUGGGGGCCUGCUUGACACCAAGGGCUACGGGAUAGGGAUGCCAGUUGGCUCUGUAUUCCGUGAUGAGUUUGAUCUGGCCAUUCUCCAACUACAAGAGAACAACCGCCUGGAAAUUUUAAAAAGAAAAUGGUGGGAAGGGGGGAAGUGCCCCAAAGAAGAAGAUCAUAGAGCUAAAGGCCUGGGAAUGGAGAAUAUUGGUGGAAUCUUUGUUGUUCUUAUCUGUGGCUUAAUUGUGGCCAUUUUUAUGGCUAUGUUGGAGUUUUUAUGGACACUCCGACACUCAGAAGCAACUGAGGUGUCUGUCUGCCAGGAGAUGGUGACAGAGUUGCGCAGCAUCAUCCUGUGUCAGGACAAUUUUCACCCGCGACGGAGGCGAGCUGGGGUGACCCGUCCCCGCCCCCCCAUCCCAGAGGAGCGCCGACCCAGGGGCACCGCCACACUUAGCAAUGGCAAGCUUUGCGGGGCUGGGGAGCCCGAUCCCAUUGCCCAGAGACUGGCCCAGGAAGCUGCUUUGGUGGCCCGUGGUUGUACACAUAUCCGGGUCUGUCCAGAGUGUCGGAGGUUCCAGGGCCUAAGAGCACGGCCAUCCCCAGCCCGGAGCGAGGAGAGCCUGGAAUGGGAGAAGACUACCAACAGCAGUGAGCCGGAGUAGAACUGACUUCAGAGAACUUGCCACAACUGGGAUAGGGAGGGUGGGCAGGGAUCAGAUCAGGUGCCGCUGCACAAAGCUCAGACUUGUACAGUGUUGAAUCUUCUCUCCACUUAAAAGAUAAUAAUAAUAAUUUUUUAAAGAAAAAAAAAGAUCAAAGAACCUGACACCCCAGCCUGAGAUAGGACCCUCAUAAGAAAGCUGGGUCCUUCAAAAGACUUUGCACCCAACAAGCAAAGGGGAUGCUCACCCUCUCAGACUCAAAAGGCCUAUCUUUUUCUCCCAAGGGGCCUUUUCCCUUUAGAAGAAAAGACACUGCAAGUCUGGGGCUGGAAAGGCCCAUCCAGACCUGUCCAGCUCUAGGACAGAAUUUUGGGGUGAAUUGUCGGGCCUAGAAAAGGGCAAUUGUACCCUGGGUCCAGUUCUCACAGAGAGAAUUAAAACUCACCAGGGAAGUUUUUCUUUUCUGGAUUUUGAGUUAUUUUGUUUGGUUGAGUCUUUCUUUCAAAUUUUAGUUCUUUAUUUGUUUUCUGGUUUUUGGUGGGAGAGGGUGGGGUUAGGGAGAGGAAGAAUCAAUAAUCUUUUUUUUCCCUUGUAUUUUAGUGCCUGAAGUCUCCCAAUGAAUCAGACUUCAGGUGCUGAACUCUCCUUCCUAUGCAGUGAUUAUGGGAAUAGGAAAUGGGUCCUGGGAAAGAAAGAAACAGGUGGAGAUUCUCAAAGCCCAUUCAAGGAGUUUUUUUGUUUUGUUUUGUUUUUUAAGAAAACAAACUAAACACAGAUGCCAAAAACUAAUCAUCACAUAAAGUCAACUCAGAGAGGCCUUGAAACGCCUGGAAUUUCAGGGGUUAUGUGUCUUUUCUUUUUUCCUUCUUAAUUUCAUUAUUAUUUCAUUUGGUUUGGUCAUUUGUGAGUGUAAUGCUCUGAAGAGAGAUGUAUACUGAAGAGUAUAAUCCUCCAAAGCAUCUCUUGGAUGCUCUGAUGAAGUUGGCCUUCUUCUGUGCACAGAAGGGAAUGGGGUAGUACUUCUCCAUCCCACAGUAUUCACUUUGAAAGGUUGGUAAGGGAUGUUCUCUGAGGAGCAAGGACAGAAGUCAUCUCAAUGGAAUGGGGUGUACUUUUUGACAAUUACAUUAUUUUAACCAACUUGGUAGUUAUCUCUGGAACCCAAUCCAGGGGGCUGUCUUGGUUUCAAAGAUUUCUUGCUACUAGAUAUGAAGAUCAGGUGUGUGGGUGUGGGUGUGGGGAAUAUGUAUUAAGUGGGAAGACCAGAAGCAGUAAAUAAGGGAGUUUUUCGGAGUCUAGCUAGAAGUCCAGUCUAAUUCACAGGGAUCUGGGAGCUGAGGAUUCCAGAACCCUAAUCUCCAUUCUGACAGAAGACCCUGUUGGUGUGGCUUUGGAAAAGGUAUUUAACCUCUUUAUCAGCCACAAAAAAGCAGGAGAAAUAAAUGAAUCCUUCCAAGAGUGUCAAGUGAGUUAACUAGUUAUUGCUGUGCUUGCGAGGUGCUAGAGUUCUAAUUGGAUAGAAGGGAGGGAACUUCUAAUCAGCUGUUUGACCUUUGCUUGGCUUCUGUGAGACUUUCAUAGGAGAGUUUUCAUAUUCUGAUGGAAAACAAAUUCUAUGCAAUUUCUGAUUGUAAACCUAGAAAAUUCAGAGGGGGAAAGAAAUAGAUUACCACCACCACCACCACCACCACCCUGAAUCAAAGAUAUGUCUUGUCCUCAGAUUGUUUCUGUCUUGAAUAUUCUAAAAUAAAGACAUCCUUGGAAGAAGACAAGUUUAUUUUCAUGCUUUGGCUGUGUGGGAAGGUUGGCGUACUCUUCGUGCUAGGGCAAUCCCAGGGGCUCACCGACCCCCCUGUGCAUUUCUAUAAAGGAUGCCCAUUCUGUCCUCAGCCAACCUGGUCCCCCUCCUGGAUCUAAAGCCUCCUUUUUCUUUUCUUUCUUUUAUUCUUCUUCUUUCAACCAUUGAUGACAAUAAACUGCGCAGGACACUUGCUUAUUAUUAUUAUUAUUAAUCUUGCCUCACAUCCAGCAAAGAAAGUUUGGAUUUUGAGAGAAGGGCACCUGCUGGCAGACUGGCUACAGACUCGUCACUUGGUGCCAUGCUAAUGUACAAUCUAGGGCUAUGUCCCUCAUUUGUGACAAUGUGGUCAGGACUGUAAGAUCACAUCUAGGGUGGGGAGGGUUGUUUAAAAAAAACAAACUUGUUUUUAUGAGCUGGAAAUAUUGAUGAAUAGAAAACUUUUUUUUAAAAAAAUGAAUUAGCAAACUAGGUGUUCCCAUGAAGCAUUUACACAAUCUGUUUUGCCCUGUGUGGAAUCAAGAUGACACUGGGAGUACUACAGUGGUUUCCAUAGCUGCUGAGACCAUCACAGUUCUUCACCCCAGCUGAUCAGUGAAAUCACAACCAGCUGUUUUCUCCUUUGAUUUGUCUUAGCUUUUUAUCUGUUCGUUGUCCAUACUUGUAUUUUCUAUCUGAUUCUGUAUAUUAAGGAGUUUUUCCUUGUCUGUUUCUUCCUUUGAUUGGAAUAUUUACAAUAAAACAGAAAUAAAUCCUGAAAUA